AGAUGCCACCGGAGCUUUCCUGGCUUGAUCAGCAUCCUGCAGUUCCCCCGGCGCCCAGGCGGCGCCGCUGCUGAGCAGCCGCCUUUUGUGGUCCUGAUGCUGCGCUCGCCGGGCUUCUCCUCCUCCUCCUCCUCCUCUUCCAGCAUCACCCGCCGCCGCCGUUGCCGCCCGCCGCCUUCGCAUCAGCCUCCCAGCCUCCGCCUGCAUCCCUCGCCCAGCAUCCCGCCGGGGCUCGGGGGAUGGCCAAACUGCCGGCCAGCGCGUCCCGGCGGCCAGCUCAGCCUUCGCCCCAGCCUCAGCCCCAGCCGCCCCGCGCCUCCCCUAUGAGCGAAUCCGAGGGGAUGAAGGAUCUGGACGCGAUCAAGCUCUUUGUGGGCCAGAUCCCCCGCAACCUGGAGGAGAAGGACCUCAAGCCCCUCUUCGAGCAGUUCGGCCAGAUCUACGAACUCACCGUCCUCAAGGACCGCUACACAGGCAUGCAUAAGGGGUGCGCGUUCCUGACCUACUGCGCCCGGGAUUCGGCCAUCAAAGCUCAGACGGCCCUCCAUGAACAGAAGACGCUUCCCGGGAUGGCCCGGCCGAUCCAAGUGAAGCCCGCGGACAGCGAAAGCCGUGGAGGUAGAGACCGGAAGCUGUUUGUUGGCAUGUUGAGCAAGCAGCAGUCGGAGGAAGACAUUGUCCAUCUCUUUGAACCAUUUGGGGUCAUCGAUGAAUGCACGGUGUUGAGGGGGCCGGACGGAAACAGCAAAGGCUGUGCUUUUGUUAAAUUCUCCUCUCACACAGAGGCUCAAGCCGCGAUCCAUGCCCUCCACGGGAGUCAAUCAAUGCCUGGCGCCUCCUCCAGCCUGGUGGUCAAGUUUGCCGACACGGACAAGGAGCGGACCUUACGGCGCCUGCAACAGAUGGUGGGCCAGCUGGGCAUCCUCACCCCAUCCUUGGCCUUGCCCUUCGGCCCCUACAGCGCCUACGCUCAGGCGCUAAUGCAACAGCAGACUGUCCUUUCGGCAUCUCACAGCAACUUUGUCAGCCCCGGCCUCACCUUCUCCCCGUGUCACAUCCAGCAGAUUGGAACAGUGAGCCUCAAUGGCCUGCCGCCCCCUCCUAUCACGCAAACGUCAGGGUUACCUUCGCCUUCUCUCCUGGGCACGACCACCGUCCCCGGGCUGGUGGCCCCCAUCGCCAACAGCUUUACUGGCGUGGUGCCUAUCCCCAGCAGCCACCCGACGCUGGAGGCAGUUUACGCCAACGGGCUGAUGCCCUGCACAGCCCAGAAUCCGUCUGUUGCCGAGACUCUGCACCCAGCCUUCGCCGGAGUUCACCAAUAUGCAGCUGUUUACCCGGCCACCGCCAUCACCCCAGUAGCUCAGGCGAUCCCGCAGCCGCUCCCAAUAAUCCAGCAGCAGCAGCAGCAGCAACGAGAAGGCCCAGAAGGAUGCAACCUCUUCAUCUACCACCUCCCUCAAGAGUUCGGCGACAACGAACUGAUGCAAAUGUUCCUGCCUUUCGGAAAUAUCAUCUCCUCCAAAGUCUUCAUGGACCGGGCCACAAACCAGAGCAAAUGUUUUGGUUUUGUGAGUUUCGACAAUCCCUCCAGCGCCCAAACAGCUAUCCAGGCCAUGAACGGGUUCCAGAUCGGUAUGAAAAGGUUGAAGGUGCAGCUGAAGCGCCCAAAGGAUGCUGGCCACCCUUACUGACAGGGAAAGCCAACCUUCCUCCUUCCGAUGUCAUUUCUUCCCUUUCGGUUUCGGAUGGGAAAAAAGAGAGAGAGAGAGAGACUUCAUGAACAACAUCUCAAGCUUCCUUCAUCAGAUCAGGAACACGCCAAGAACACUCAACCGACAGCAGUCCGCGUCGCCGCCAAUUUUUGGAAAUGGAUGCUCGGGUUUUGGGUUAGGAAAAACCACUUUCAGCCCUACAGACAGAUCUCCAUUCCAGGUUUGCUCGGUGGGCUUAUCAAACAACUUCCUCACACUGGGCGAACCAUUUUUGGCCACCUUGGAGUGCCAGCAUCGUAAUUUAAGACACAUGUA